GCAACAUCUUCUGAUAGAUAGUAAAAAAAUUGGUUGUCCGUUGUCAUUAGUCUGUGAAACUGUUAAAGUCUUAAUAAAAAAUUGUUUUUGUAUAGAUUAUAUGGUAGAGUUUAUGAAAAUUUUUCUGUAAAAUAUUUGCUGUUACAAUUAUAAUAAUUCAUUUACAUAACAACUAUUGAAUAACAAUAAAUAAUAAAAAUUACAUUCUUAAUAAAAAAAUAAGUUAUCAAUUUGUAAUAAUUAUAAGUUGUUGAAGUGUUGGAAAGACAAAAAAAAACUAAAUAUAACAUAAUAAUGUUCGAAUUAUUAAGUUGUUCAAUAAUUUUAUCAAUAAUAUAUUGCAAUAUUUUAUUAGUAGUUGGAUUUUAUAUUUAUUAUUUACUUUGGGUCGUUAAGCCGCCGAUGUUAGUUUGUGGAAAUGGAAAUAUUUGUAAACUGAUAGAAAACAUUGAGAUGAUAAAUGAAAAUUUUUGGCCUACACCUUGGUGCCUCGAAUCACGUGCUCAGACUAUUCUAGCAAGUAUUUUACGUGGUAAUAUGAUUCCUGAUAUUAAUUAUCGAAGAGAAAUUUUAACAUUGAAAGAUGGAGGUGAAGUCGCUUUAGACUGGGUAGAUAACCAUUGUACUAAUUUAUCACCAAUUGUUAUUAUUUUACCUGGAUUGACUGGCGCUAGCCAAGCAGAAUAUAUUAAAUGUCUUGUAACAGGUGGACGUGAAAUAGGAAUUAGAUGUGUUAUUUUCAAUAAUCGUGGUCUUGGUGGCAUUUCUCUUAAGACUCCAAGAACUUAUUGUGCAGCUAAUAGUGAUGAUUUUGCGGAAGUUUUGAAUCACGUAUCUCAAUUAAAUCCUGAUGUUCAGAUUGGUGCUACUGGAAUUUCUAUGGGAGGCUUGAUAUUGGGAAAUUAUUUAGCCCAAGAACGUGAAGCUGCGGUAAAUAAAUUGCAAGCAGCAUUUCUUGUAUCAGUGCCAUGGAAUGUUUUCGAAGGUACCAAAAGUAUUGAGAGUGGAUUGAAUCGAUUGUUGAAUCGAUAUUUGGCUAAAGCUCUAAAAAAAAGUUUUAAAAAUAUGCAUAACAAAGUGGAGGAUUUACUCGAAGAAGAUCUUACUGAGGCUUUCAAGAGUAACACAUUGAGAGAGUUUGAUUCAGCAUUUACUGCGAAACAUUUUGGAUAUAAAGAUGUCAAUGAAUAUUAUGCGAAUGCUACAUUGCAUAAAAAAUUACAUUCUAUCCAUGUACCACUAUUGUGCUUAACUGCAGCUGAUGAUCCUUUUCAACCUUUUGAUGUGAUACCACUAAAAGAGGCAAAAGAAUCUAAAAGCAUUGCUUUUUUAAUAACAUCUCAUGGUGGUCAUAUUGGUUUUCUUGAAGGGCUAUUUCCAACUAAACAAGAACAAUAUAUUUCUAAAUUAUUCAAGCAAUACUUUCAAGCUGUAUUUUUCAAAAACCAUACAUAAUUUACAAAAAUAUACCAAAGGAAUAGAUAUUUUAUAGACAAGUGUUGGAUGAUUACUGUUUUAUAUACUAAUUGUUCGUAAUAAAAAAUUAAUUUUUACUGCUA